GUACCAUUGAGACCUCAGAGGAAGGCUUCUUGCCCGGACAAGUAGCAAGUGGAGUACCAUAAAUACCCCUCCGCCUUCCUUCCCCUCUCUUCUCUCUCUCUAAAACCCUCCCAAAACCACGACCAGCCGUUGAAGCACUCGCGGUUUGGCCUUGCCGAUGGAUGCUCACCGCCUCCGUCGCCGCCACGACGCCAGCCGCGUCGUCCGCAUACACUUCCUGGACGAGGACGCCACCGACUCCGACUCCGAUGACCACCGCGCCCGCCGCUGCGUCCGACAAAUCGACCUGCAGCUUCCGUCUCCCGCGGUGGCCAGCCGGGGGAGGAGGCCACGCAAGAGCAAGAGCAAGAAGCCCAGGGAGGAGCAGGGCCAGGGGAGGCAGCGGCGGCGGUUCCGCGGCGUGCGCUGGCGGCCGUGGGGGAAGUGGGCGGCGGAGAUCCGCGACCCCAACCUGGGGAAGCGCCUCUGGCUCGGCACCUUCGACACCGCCGAGGAGGCCGCCGCAGUCUACGACUCCGCCGCUAUCCGCCUCCGCGGGUCCCGCGCCGUCACUAACUUCCAUUCCUCCCUCUCCUCGUCGUCCUUGUCCUCCUCCUCCACCGUGUCGCCCGUGCCUCCUCCGGUGACAUCCCCUGAGGCAGAGAGCUCCACGGCCUCUCCUCCGUCGCCCGAGUCGUUGGUGUUGGACGCCGACGAGGAGGUGACUGGGAUGACGUGGUUCGAGGAGGAACCGUUGGAAUUCAUGGACUUCUCCCUACCGACGACGGCGACGGGUAGCCAGUGGGAGUUCGGGGAGCUGGGCGACCUCGACGACCUCUUCUCGCCGGAGCUCCUGGCGGUCUGAAUUCUGAUGGAAAUGAGUUUUUUUUGAGGGAGGGCCUUUUUGUUCUAGUAAUUUAAAUCGAGAGGAAUUUGCGGAAUAUUUGUAUCUUUUGUUUAGUUUUGAGGCUUAUUCAUAUAUCGGAGGCCGUGGAGAGUUCAAUUCUGGUCAGGUCUGACAUCUGACUUAUUUUGGGAGUGUCUUGUCUUGUUGAAUUGUGGCUAAAAUUCUGGAGAAAUUUAUCUA